UCACAUGAAUUUCCAGCCCCAGUCCUGCGGGCAUGUCCGACAAGCGAUCCCCAGUAUGAAAAAUGCGUUCGAGGGGUCAUCGAAAGCAUUCGCCCGAACAUUAUUUCGGGUAAUUUUGGUGAAGGUCAUCCGAAGGCACCCCCGCUGGAACCGUUUUCGAUACCGAAACUAAACAUCGACCACGGGGCCAGUUUCCGGGUUAAGCUGACCAACUCCGUGAUCCGAGGAUUGGGCGGUUUUGUGCUGGGCCGUGUCAGAUUCAGCACAGAAGAUAGGGUGAUCAACAUAACCUUGAAAGAACCAACUAUUUCCCUAAAGGGACAGUACGAUCUGAACAUGAAAGUUGCCAUCAUGGAUGUCUAUGGAAAAGGCGAUCUUGCAGUCAAUUUGAAUAACACGAACGUAAACCUCCAGCUCACUUACGACAUUGGAAAGGAUCAAACCGUUCAGGUGCGGGCAAUCGUGGUUAAGUUGCGAUUUGACAAGGUUCGUGUCCAGCUGAAGAACCUCUUCGACGGUGAUAAGGCAUUGGGAAAGAUGGCUAACGAUGUAGUCAACAAGAACCCGGCCAUGCUGCUCGAUGAGGUGGGUCCAGAGCUUGAGGUGUUUUUGGGAAAGCUUUUUACCGAUAUUGCUAACACCGUGAUUGGAGGAGCAACUGAGCAGGAGUUGUUGCCGCCUUAAAAUUGAGUCCUUGCAGUACCACGUGGACACUUUUAUUUUUCGAGAGCAAAAUUAGGUUAAAAUUUGAAGAUUUGGAAUUAAGAACUAAAGGUCGGAUACAGAUAAUAAAUCUAAUAAAAAA